CAACAACAAUGACAAAAUCUCAUCAAAUAAAUCUGGAUUAAAAUUAUCAUCAUUUAUAAAUUCUUCGAAUAAAUUCCAUUUGUUCAUAUGUUUGUUAUUUAUACCACUAUAUAUAGCUGUAUUGAUGGAAUUUUUAUUCAUAUGGCAACAACAAAUUACAUUGAAUGAACAUGAACAACAUUUAAUAGCAUUGACCACACGAUUAUUAUCUCGUCAACGAUUCAAUAAUGAUAAUGGUGGUGAUGGUGGUAAAAAACCAAUAAUUCGACCGCAAUCUUUAUCAUCAUCAUCAUCAUCAUCAGCAACGACAUCAAAACGCCGGAAACGAGAAUUGCAAAAAAUUUUCCGUUGGAUUGAUGAUAAUACUAUUAAUGAAUCGUUUGAAAAAAUUAAAAACGAAUCCGAAUCCUUCAAACAACAUAAGCGACGACAAGUUUUUGAACCAAAACAACAUCAAAAUCAUCAUCAUCAUUAUCAUCAGCAGCAGCAGCAACAACAACAACAACAACAACAAUCGAAAGAUAAUGGACAACCAGCUGUCGAUUUUUUUCAGCAACCACAACCAACAGAUCAGCCAACAAUACCAGGAUUCACAUGGUUAACAUCAUAUUCACGAAUUCCGUUCAAAGUUCUAAAUGAAUAUUGUACAUCAUUAAAAAAAGUUUGCAUUCGUGGCGAACCCGGACCAAGAGGACUUAAAGGAAGUAAAGGCGAUCGUGGUUUAGAUGGAAUUGAUGGUCUCGCUGGAGAACCGGGCCUAGAAGGAACACCGGGGCGUGAUGGGCGUGAUGGUGUUGAUGGUCGCCCUGGUGUUGGCGUAUCCGGUAAACCCGGGAUCCCAGGAAAAAAUGGAACUGAUGGACCAAAAGGUGAACCAGGAUUGAAUGGAAACCCCGGACCUCCAGGUCCUAAGGGAAAACGUGGUCCACCCGGUCAAGAUGGCAAACCUGGUUUAACAGUACAAGCAUGGCAUCAUCAAAACGAUACCUUGUUGAUUGCACCGAUAAUCGAUCAAAUCAAUCCAUCUACACAAACAUUAACGGUUCGUGAAAAUGAACAAAUACAUCUACAAUGUGUAGCAAGUGGAUAUCCAAAACCAAAAAUUACAUGGCGUCGUGAUGAUGAUCGACCAAUUCAUAUCGAUAGAAUUGCUUAUAAUUUAAUCGAAUCGGAUGAGCUAAAUAUAAGUCAAGUUAACCGUGACAAUUUUGGACCAUAUAAAUGUGUAGCCACAAAUGGAAUUCCUCCGGCUGCUACACAAAGAAUUAAUUUAUUAGUCACCUUUCCACCAUUAGUGAAAAUUCUCAUACAAAAACAAAUGAUAGGCACACGUAAAGGUUCAUGGGUUGUAUUAGAAUGUUAUAUUGAAGCAUAUCCUGAACCAUUUGUCGAUUGGAUUUAUGGUGAUGGUCAGAUUAUUGUUGAAAAUGAAAAAUAUAAUAAAUCUGAAGAAAUUUUAGAAUCACGAAUUUCACAUUCAAUAAGUAGACGUGUUAUGUUGAACAUAACGAAUGUACAGAAUGAAAAUCUAGGCCUUUAUAAAUGUUUGGCACGUAAUCAACUAGGACGAACAUAUGGAAUUAUUACACUUUAUGAAACGGAUAGUAAAACGACAACAAAUACGAUCGAAUCGUUGGAAAAAUCCAUUCAAUCGUUAAAAGACGAAUCAUUUGUCGUUUAUGGUGAGCUACCAAAACCUAUAGAAACAAAAAUUCCUUGUGCACCGUGUCCAACAUGUACAACACCAACAAAUCCAUAUGCAUCCAUACAACAGCAAUGUAAACAAGGUCAGCGACCUGAAAUUAUCAACAUGGGCGUUUCGGUGAUAUUCAAUCAUACGAAUAUGCAACGGAUAACUAAACGUACCGAUGAAUGUCAUUUGAGCCAAAUUGGCAAACCAGUAUUCUAUGGUGAACGUUCCGAUCAGAUCGGAUGCUGGAUGCGUGAUCCAAAUCCUAUACGUCCGGAAGAUGGUGAAAAAUAUUGGCUCACACGUAUUGAAUAUAAUAAAUUAUUGGAAGAAUAUGAUACAAAAGAAAUGUUUCGUAAUAGAAUUAUAACGAAAAAUUACACUUUAUUAUAUCCGUUCUCUGGCAAUGGACAGGCAAUCAAUUCUGGUAUAUUCUAUUAUGCUGAAGAGAAUACAUAUAAGCUUAUUAUGUUUAAUAUGUAUAAAUCCGAAUGGGAAUUUAUCAACCUGGAACCAAAUCCGAUUGCAAUCAAUGUUGGCAAUACAGUUAUUGGACGUUCAUCAUCAACAACAUCAAUGUUGCAGCCUUUAUCAUCAACAAUAAAAAAUAAAUUACCAAGACAUGUACACCAUCAUCAUUAUUAUAAUAAACAUCAACAUCAUCAUUAUCAACAACAACAACAACAACAACAAAAAUAUCGCAAUAAUCGACUAAAACGUAAUCAAAAUAAUGUAGACAACAAUCAACAACUAAAUGAACAACAUAAUGUUGAUGAUGAUGGUGAUAAUGAUGAUGAUGAUGGUAGUAAUAGUAAUAAUAAUGAUAAAAGAAAAUUAUUAUAUACAAAUCAAUUAAAUCAUAUGGAUAUAUCAGUGGAUGAAAAUGGUGCCUGGGUUAUUUAUCCAAAUAUCUAUAGUGAGCUUAAUAAUACUAUUAUUAUGAAAUUCAAUGGAACAAAUAUUGAAUUUAUAUGGAAUUUAACUGUUGAUUAUCAUAAAUUAGGUGAAACAUUUAUAUUGUGUGGAAUAAUUUAUGGAAUCGAUUCUACACAACAAUUACAUACACAUAGUUUUGCAUAUGAUCUAUAUAAAAAUGUUGAAUUAAAAAAUUUUGAACAAAUUGAAUUUACAAAUCCAUUUAUGAAUACAACAUAUGUUGGUUAUAAUUCUAAACAUCAGACAUUAUAUACAUGGGAUAAAGGUAAUAUACUUGAAUAUUUAUUGAAAAUUGAAAUGAUUUCCAAAACAAAACAACAACAACAACACCAGCAACAAUCAUCAUCAUCAUCAUCAACUGAUAAUCCAACAAAUUUUGAACAUCAUAAUAAUGACGCAGCCACAAUUGAUUGAAUGAAAUGAUUUUACAACAACAACAAAAUUCACAUUUUCAAGUGUACUUAUUGGAUAUUUGUAAUAAAUAAAACCUCAUUCACUUACACACACCCACACGCAAACAGGCACACAAUGGACACACAUAAUGAUAUCAAUCUUGUUUCAAUAAAAUAUAAUUAUCAUCUC